AUGGCUCGCUCCCGUAGUUCGCUGGCCCUGGGCCUCGGACUCCUGGCUUGGAUCGCGUUUCUCUUCGCGCCCCUCGCCUUUGUCCAGACUGUCAACGCAGAGGUCGCCGACCAGGAAGAUUAUGGCACUGUCAUUGGUAUUGAUCUGGGUACUACCUACUCUUGCGUCGGUGUGAUGCAGGGUGGCAAGGUCGAAAUUCUCGUCAACGAUCAGGGUAAUCGUAUCACUCCUUCUUACGUCGCCUUCACCGAGGAUGAACGUCUGGUUGGUGAUUCCGCCAAGAACCAGGCCGCCGCCAACCCCUUCAACACCAUUUUCGACGUCAAGCGUCUCAUCGGUCGCAAGUUCAACGACAAGGAUGUUCAGUCCGAUUUGAAGCACUUCCCCUUCAAGGUUCUCUCCAAGGAUGGCAAGCCCAACGUCCAGGUUGAAGUCAACGGUGGAAAGAAGCAGUUCACUCCCGAGGAGGUCUCUGCCAUGAUUCUUGGCAAGAUGAAGGAUGUCGCCGAGUCUUACCUCGGUAAGACAGUCACUCACGCCGUCGUCACCGUCCCCGCCUACUUCAAUGACAACCAGCGCCAGGCCACCAAGGAUGCCGGUAUCAUCGCCGGUCUUAACGUUCUUCGAAUUGUCAACGAGCCCACCGCCGCUGCCAUCGCCUACGGCCUGGACAAGACUGACGGUGAGCGCCAGAUCAUUGUCUACGAUCUCGGUGGUGGUACCUUUGAUGUCUCUCUCCUCUCCAUUGACGAUGGUGUCUUUGAGGUCCUCGCCACCGCUGGUGACACCCAUCUUGGUGGUGAGGACUUUGACCAGCGCGUCAUCAACUACUUCGCCAAGCUGUACAACAAGAAGAAUGACGUCGACAUCACCAAGGAUGCCAAGGCUAUGGGUAAGCUUAAGCGCGAGACUGAAAAGGCCAAGCGCACUCUUUCCUCGCAGAUGAGCACCCGCAUCGAGAUUGAGGCUUUCUUCGAGGGCAAGGACUUCUCCGAGACCCUCACCCGCGCCAAGUUCGAGGAGCUCAACAUGGAUCUCUUCAAGAAGACUAUCAAGCCCGUCGAGCAGGUUCUCAAAGAUGCCAACGUCAAGAAGUCUGAGAUUGACGACAUUGUCCUGGUCGGUGGCUCCACCCGUAUCCCCAAGGUUCAGUCCCUCAUUGAGGAGUACUUUGGCGGCAAGAAGGCUUCCAAGGGCAUCAACCCCGACGAGGCCGUCGCUUUCGGAGCGGCGGUGCAGGCAGGAGUCUUGUCUGGCGAGGACGGCACUGGCAGCAUUCUUCUCCUGGAUGUCAACCCCCUUACCCUUGGUAUCGAGACCACUGGUGGCGUCAUGACCAAGCUGAUUCCUCGCAACACUCAAAUCCCUACUCGUAAGAGCCAGAUCUUCUCGACCGCCGCUGAUAACCAGCCUGUCGUCCUGAUCCAGGUCUUCGAGGGUGAGCGUUCCAUGACCAAGGAUAACAACAAUCUUGGCAAGUUUGAGCUUACCGGCAUUCCCCCCGCCCCUCGUGGUGUUCCUCAGAUCGAAGUCUCCUUCGAUCUUGACGCGAACGGUAUCCUCAAGGUCUCUGCCCACGAUAAGGGCACUGGCAAGCAGGAGUCCAUUACCAUCACCAACGACAAGGGUCGUCUGUCUCCCGAAGAGAUUGAACGCAUGGUUGCCGAGGCUGAGAAGUUCGCCGAGGAGGACAAGGCUACCCGCGAGCGCAUUGAGGCUCGCAACGGUCUCGAGAACUACGCUUUCAGCCUAAAGACUCAGGUCAACGACGAGGAGGGUCUUGGUGGCAAGAUUGACGACGAAGACAAGGAGACCAUCAUUGACGCCGUCAAGGAGACUCAGGAGUGGCUCGAGGAGAACGGCGCCGACGCCACCGCUGAGGACUUUGAGGAGCAGAAGGAGAAGCUUUCUAACGUCGCCCACCCCAUUACCUCCAAGAUGUACGCUGGUGGCGCUCCUGGCGAGGAGGCUGACGCCGACUUCCACGACGAGCUGUAA